AUGAACUGUAAUAAACAGUUGAAUUUUGGCUUCGAAUAUGAAGCGCCAGAAAGUUUUGUUACAUCCGAAUGGCAAAAUGAGCGACGACCCUCAGUGAAAUAUUUAAUUUAUCGAUGGAUUCUAUCAAUUUAUUUCAAUUUUGUUUUGGUAUUUUCGAUCUACACAGCCGCAGAGUGCAAACAGUUGGAAUUUUAUCUAAUAUAUUUGACGAACUGGAACGUGAUGCUGAAUGCAAUAACUUCGCUAUUUGGUGCUAUUCUCGUUACAUUUUAUUACAAAGGAAAGAUAAGCUUUGAAAAUGAAGAAAAUCGUAUGCCAAUGUCAUUCAAAAUUUAUUGGCUUUUGACGACAUUAUCAGCAGUUGUAAGCAUAUUGUUUUCAUGUGUUUAUUGGCCUUUAAUUUACACUGAAAGAGACAAAGGCUUGAACGAUGCAUUGACUCAUGUUGGAAAUGGAAUUGUCUUUCUUAUUGACAUUCUUGCGAACGCUCAUCCACCUCGUUACGGACAUUUCGUUUACCCAUUAAGCUUUGGAGUGUUUUAUUGCUAUUUCUUCAGCUUACCAUACACACUUCUUGGUGGAGUUAACAGAGACUACAACAACUACAUUUAUUCCGUUCUUGAUUGGAAAAACGAUACGCAAAAUGCAAUAAUAUUUGCACUUUCAACUGUCGCCUUUCUCGUAUUUAUGCAUUUUGUGCUGACAUUUUUAACUGGAACCAAAAAAUUUGUUCAUAAAAAAAUUAAAUCGCGAAGAAGUGAGACGAAUGAAACGAUGUCAGACAAUCAAUAUGACAAUCCAUCAUUCAAAAUAUGUAAAAGAAAGAAAAAAUUCAUCAUAAAAAUAAGUAAUUCUGAAGAACAUGCACGUAAAAAAAUGUUAAAGUUGGAAUAUCUAACAAUUGAAGAUAAUCAUUCAAACUUUACACACUUCAGUUGUGUCGAAAUGAAGCAUUGA